GGGAGGGGGGAGCGUGGGGCAGGAGGAGUACCUCGGCCAAGAAAAUUAUGCAUGCGUUAGGCAAGCUCUGAGAGAAUGGCUGUGGAAGCUCUCCACUGUGGUUUGAAUCCACGGGGUAUUGAUCACCCUGCCCAUGCCGACGGAAUCAAACUACAGAUUGAAGGCGAAGCUGUAGAAUCUCAAUCCAUUAAAAACAGAAAUUUCCAGAAGGUAUCUGACCAAAAUGGAACCCCCAAGAGACUUCAGGGAGAAGCUGAGACAGUAAAGUCAGCUACAGUGAAGCUGUCAAAACCAGUGGCCCUGUGGACCCAGCAGGAUGUCUGCAAGUGGCUGAAGAAACACUGUCCAAAUCAGUAUCAGAUCUACAGUGAGUCAUUCACACAUGACAUAACUGGGCGAGCCCUGCUGAGACUCACAGACAAAAAGCUGGAGCGCAUGGGGAUCUCCCAGGAGAACCAGCGACAGCACAUCCUGCAGCAGGUGCUCCAGCUGAAAGUUCGGGAAGAAGUCAGAAACCUGCAGUUACUCACACAAGGUUUAACCAGCCACAAGAACCCGAAUUGUCCAAUAGCAUGCUUGUGCGGGGAAGUGAGGUUGCGUGGAAGAAUAAGCUUUUAGCCCCUCGGGUAGAGGACAUCGCAUUGAGAUCCAUGAGCUGACUGUUCAUUGAGAAUAUUUGGCAGUUCACAUCUUCAGCUCCCUUGAGCAACAUACAUCUGGUUCCAAUGUUCACCAGUUA